CUUCAAAUAAAAGAGUUCCAAAACAAAAACCGCCAAGCUGAAUGCGGCUCGUCGCACUAAUCACGACGACAGAGUAUACCUAAACAGUCCCAGAACAUGUGUAAGCAAUGAGUUCCAAGUUAACGGCAAACCCUGAUUUGGAUGUGUUUAAAGAGGAGAGGGAAGGAAAGCUACGAGAAGUUGGUGGUCAUGCAGUCUGGUCAUUGUCUUCAUGUAAACCAGGUUUUGGCGUAGACCAGUUGAGAGACGAUUCCUCGGACACAUACUGGCAGUCUGAUGGUCCUCAACCACACCUCGUCAACAUUCAGUUCCGCCGCAAAACCACCAUCCACGACAUCUGUAUCUACACAGAUUACAAGGCAGACGAGAGCUACACGCCCAACAGGAUAUCCAUCCGUGCUGGAAGCCAUUUCAAUGACUUGUUAGAAAUUGAACAAAUUGAGCUAAGUGAACCGGUGGGCUGGGUGUCCAUCCCUAUGAAACAAGUGAACAAUAAGCCAAUAAGGACGUUUAUGGUACAGAUAGCUGUGUUAUCCAACCAUCAAAACGGCAGAGACACACAUCUACGCAGGAUCAAAAUACGCUCGCCUGUCCACGACUUAUCCAUGGCUAAAAUGCCUAAGUUUACCAGUGUAGAACUGUUACAAUAUGCUUAUAUUAAAUAGUUUAAAUUAAUCCCAAA